UGCGGAUGUUUCUUGGCAACUAAUACAAUUACAAAUUUAUGUGGUUGCAGGGUCAUUUCUCCGCGCUUGGAGCUCGGUGUCUCAGUAAUUUUGAUUUCCAGCCAGAGGUUGUUCGAAAUCAUGGCGCGGAAUACAACAUGCGUGGUUUCUAUAGGAAAGCUUGGUGAAAUUUCAGAUGGACCCGUUCAAGCGGUUGAACAGAGACCUAAUUUAAAGGAAGAGCUUGAAGAAAGUGAAAUAAAAGCUAGGGUUGAUGCUGCUUGGAACCAGAUGAAUAGGGGCCUACCUGUUAAAAUGCCAAAAACCUUAAUGAGUAGGUCAACACCAGAAAGAAAAGCAACACUGAAAACUCCUGACUGGAUGGUGGCUCUAGGCCUUGUGCCUAAGAAGACUUCAGCCAUUCAGGAGAAUCUGGGGAAAAAACCAGCAGCUGUUCGUAGUUGUACAAGUGAGGAGUCUAGAAUGGCUGCUGCAGCAGCUCUUUCAGCUGUUAGGGAAGUUACAUCUGCCUCUGCGUCCACAGGAAAAGUUGAGAUUAAGGAGGUCCGGGAUUUCGCAGGCCAGGAUAUUGAAGUGAAGAAGCUGGUUGAUGCCAACUCGAGAGAGGCUGUUGAAAAGGCCAAGAGUGGCGGUGCCCCUCCUUCGGCUCUCGACACCAUUCUGGACCAGAUAAAGAAGAAGCAGAAGCUUAGCGUCCUCGACAAGACCAAGAAAGACUGGGGUGAGUACAAGGAAGAGCACAGGGGGCUCGAAGAUGAGCUCGAUGCCUACAAGAAGAGUUCAAAUCAGUAUCUCGACAAGGUUUCCUUUCUACAGAGAGCAGAUCUUCGAGAGUUCGAGCGUGAGAGAGAUGCGAGGCUGGCCAUGCAAGCGAAGAGAAAGCUAGCAGAUAUGAGAGAGGAUAACUUCUAGCCUGGUAAGAGCUGGUUCCUGGCCAGGCCCUGCGACAACUAGGAGAUGAUUUUAAUUAGUUGGAUUGAUGUAUCUGUCAUUUCGCAACGACUAGAUCUCUUCAUUGCUUGAGUUCUUGUUGUUGAUGUCUCAGUUUUUAGACUUUGUAUUUGGAACAAUGUUGAUAUUUAUUGUACAUGCAUUGUUACUUCUAUUGGCAGAAGAA